GCGCAUCCAGAAAACAUGCCAAAAAAAGGCAUGCUGCAAUCGAAUUCAAUAUGCAUUCAAAUCAUUGCAAAAAAUAAGGAACAUAAAGACUUACAUUCAAUACUUGUCAUCGCUUCUUUAUUUUGAUUCUCUUUUUUUUCCUGUUCGUGAUACUUACUUCUUCCUCCUUCUCUCAUGAAAUUGUUGCUAUUCCUCAUUGGCGAGCUGGCCUUGGUCACAGCAUCAACCAUUUGGAAAAGGCAAGCUGCAUCAUCCACCGGAUGCGCGGAUCGUGAUAAUACCGUGACCAUUUGCUCACCCGAACCGCAAGACAUCUGGCAUAAUGGCACUUACCAUGAAAUUACUUGGAAAUACAAUAACGCUAUAUACGCUCGUUAUGAUACGCUGGAUCUGUAUCUACUCGAUUUUCAACAUAAUGAAUACCGAACCUUGAAGAAAUGGACAGGGCUUCAGAGAACCAAAGGUUUGCUUAUACAGGCUGUGGAUGACUCUUGGUUUCCCAGCCCUGCACCGAAUAAUUCACCAGAUCGUGUCUAUACCCUCUACCUGUAUCUACUCGCAUCCAACAUCACCCUAGAACGCGAACUGCGAAAGCUCACUCUCCGCGAAAGUUUCUAUCCCGCUCCUCAAACCCUCACUCUCAUACGUAAGCUUUUUUUUUCUUAGGAAAAACCACGUCUUCUCUGCUAUCAAACUAAAUGUGUCUCUCUUACAGAACCAUCACACAACACCACAGCCAGCAUAUCCGAUGCACUGUCAGCUAACGCAAACCAAGGUUAUGCGCAUGGACUCAAACCGUGGACGAUUGCUGUGAUUAUUAUUGCCAUCUUGGCGGUGGUUUUG